ACAACUAUGUUUCGUUUUCGUGAUAAAUCGAUUAUUUUUUAUUUAAUCACUUUAUACGCUGUAUUCAGUAUGGCAAUUUUAAUUGUGAAUAGUAUUGAUUGUUUCAAAUGUGUAUCAAUGAAUUGGGAUAAUCCUGCAUGUGAUGAUCCCUUUCACAACAAUAAUACAUUUGACAUAUUAGAAUCGCCAUGUAUGGGUGGUCGGAAAGGAAGAAAUGGUUUAUUCCCGGCUACUUCUUGCAUUAAAAUUGCUGGUACUUUUGAUGAUACCGACGAACAUAUAACUGUUCGAGGAUGUGCCUUAGAUAGCGGUACACUUACUACUGAUACCGAAAUCGUAAGAAUGUCUCAUUGUGGUGGACUUUACUAUGAUGAUAGGUAUGUUCAUGGAUGUUUACAAAGUUGUAAUGAUGCAGAUGCAUGUAACGAUUCUCCACUAUCAUUGCAUUCAAUGGGCGAAGUUUUAAUUAUUGGUUUGAUAACACAAUACGCAAUUUAUCGUUAUGUUUUCUAAUAUUAUUCAUUAAACAGUAGCAUAACAAAUAGUUGAACGAAAAAGAUGUGGAAACGUGCCUAUGCCAUUUUGUUUGUUAAAAUGUUAAAAGUAAAAGUGACCUAAUAGCUAAAUCAUU